AUGAAGGCGCAAUUUGCCUACACUGAAGUCGACUGCUUUGGUCCCUUCAUUGUCAAGCAGGGAAGAAAACAGAUGAAACGGUGGGGCUGCUUAUUCACCUGUCUGACCACAAGAGCCAUCCACCUAGAUCUCCUCAGUGCACUUGAUGCUACCGACAAGAAACUCCGUGCUGCAGAUAGACGCUGGAAAACAAAUGCCAAGGUUCCACAUACACUAUUGAAGAAAGAGAUCGAGUGGGUUUUCAACCCGCCAUAUGCCUCACACAUAUACCAAAGGGGCUGGAAGCAUGCACAAUUUCUGGCGGACCAGUUCUGGAAGCGAUGGUUAAAGGAGGACCUCCCAUCUUUGCGACAACGCCGGAAGUACUUCAAGCAGUUACGCAACUUCCAA